UGAACAAAUUAACAGUUUAUGAGGACGGUGCCAUCGAAGCAGAAUGUGGACCCUUACCAUGUGGUUCUACUGGGGCAUGUUCAGAUAAUAUAAGCUCGUGUAAAGCAGCUUCUGAUAUUUUUUCUGGAAUGAAAUGGGCGCCCUCUUACUUCGUUGCUGUUCCUUACAAGCAGGCAAUAAAGUAUAUAUUGGAACAGAUUUGGUAACUCUUGGAUCAUACUAUACUGGAGGCAUUGUCCCCGAAAAGGAUAUGAUGGGAACGACAGGAAUUGAAUACGAUUUUGUUGCAAAUGCCAGAACAGAACAAGGAGGGGUUAGAGUUUGGGUUUAUAGAAUUGUUUGCCAGUCAGACCCUCAACAAUCACAACAACAACCCUCAAUUCCUCAUCCCUCAAUGCCUCAACAGAAAAUAGAAGAUCAAAUGUCUAAUGACGAACAACCCAUUUCCGAAAGUCAAGACCAAACCAGACUGCAAAAAGACGCUUCGAUCGAAAACAAAGAAGAGGAAGGGGAAGAACAAUCAAUCCCAAAUCCUCUUCAAUAUCGGUAA